AUGGGAGACAAUUUGACUCAGAACAUCUCAUCUUCAUUAACAGCAGACUCUUCGCUUAAGGGAGCACCGAUAGGCAUUGCCGUGCUCUCUCUUGCCUUCCUUCUGGGAUUCCCUGGCAAUGCCUUCGUAGUGUGGAGUGCAGGCUGGCGUGUCCACAAGCGGACUGUCACCUGCCUUCUCAUCCUCCACUUGGCCAUAGCCGAUUUGAUAGUGCUGCUCACGGCUCCCAUCUUCCUGCGGUUUCUGAGUGUCAAUAUGUGGGAAAUGGGUGACGCUGUCUGUCGAGCGAGCCACUAUGUCUGCGGGGUCAGCAUGUACGCCAGCGUCUUCCUGAUUGCUCUCAUGAGCUUGGACCGUUGCUUGGCUGUCUCCAAGCCCUUUCUCUCGCACAAGAUUCGCAGCAAAAAGACUAUACGGCUUCUGGUUUUGGCCAUUUGGAUGGUUGGCUUUUUCUUGGCUGUCCCUGUCCUCAUCUACCGCAAGGUAUUAGAGAAAAAAGAUGGAAAGCUUCAUUGUGGCUUCAACCACCCUACACCCAGAGAUCUGGUCUUCCAUAACCUCUUUGAAACCAUCACUGGAUUCCUGCUUCCUUUUGUCACCAUCAUCUACAGCUACUGCACCAUCGGGCAACGACUCAGAGAUACCCGUUUUCGCCAAAAACGGCGCACGGGCCGCCUUAUCUCUCUGAUUGUGGUAGCUUUUGCUGUUUUUUGGCUCCCGUACCAUGUGGUCAACCUUCUGGAUGUAGCUGGUGUGUGGAGUGGCUCUGCAAAAGUAAAGGGAAUAGGAUAUGCAGCUAGGCCUGUGCUGGUUGCUCUAGCCUUCUUCAGCAGCAGCAUAAACCCUAUCCUUUACGCCUUCAGUGGUGGCUCCUUCAUCCGAUCAGCUGGCUUUGGCUUCAUGGCCAAGCUCUUUGAAGGAACAGCUUCGGAAAUGUCCAGUACCAAGCAUGCUACCAUCCGGGACCCUCAGCGCCAUAUGGACACCACGAUGGAACCCAUGCGGAAUGGGAGUCCUGCCCAUUUGACCACAUCUACCAACCAAACAGGUGAAACAUCUGAAGAACCUGAAGAUGCUUCGAAGCCCCUUAAGCAAUGA